CAUCAUUUCGCUCUUUCUAGCACUAAUAAUCUCGGAAGUCAUAGCAAACGUGUUCACGAAUGGCGAUCGAAUAAACUUAAAGUGAUGUUCGGUUUUUCUCAGCAAGUGGUCAAUGACUGGAACGCCUUGGCCGAAUACGUGGUACCGGCUCCAUUGGUUAACAUUUUCAAGGAGAAGCUGAACCUUCGCUGGAAGACAAACUGUCAGGAUUAACACAGGUUAACCAACCUACUAUCCAUGAUACUGAUGUAUGAUGUUGGAAGUUUUUUAAGCAUUGAAUGCCUCUGAUUCAUAAGGAUAACUACAUCUAUUUUAAUGUAUCUGGUUGCUUGGCAUUCUUUGCUCGUUCGAUAUCCGUAAAAUUCGUUAGCGGUAAAGCAGCCAGUAUCGUCCCUAUACCGGCAAGUUCAUUGUCACUUUCUCCACUCAGUAAAUGCUCUGAUCUAAAAUCGUUGCUCGUUUUCACAUCAUCAAAUGUUAAUGAAAUCUCCGACCUUAAUGUCAGCUUGGGUUUUAUCAAGUCUGGUCGUUAUUGGAGUGUGUCUGAAUCAUCCGUUAGUAUCAAGUGUCAAUCGGGUUCCAAAUCAUGCGUCAAUGUAGCUGGAAAUCCCUUGGUUAUGAAAUGGGCUGGAGCCCCUAUCAAUCUUGGUUACAAGUGCACUAAGCCUUCAGCUGCACCAGUAAUCUUACCGUCAGAUUCUGGGAAUUCAGUUUCUCUUCAGUUUGCUAGCAUCCAGGUUCAACCAUUCGGCGUAAAAGAUGGUGUGUUUGGUGAUGUCACAGAUUGUGUCGGAUUUCUAUUUCAAUAUCAAUAUGUUGAUGCAGUACAAGGAUGUAGUAUUUUUUAUCAAUUAGAUUUUAAAUGGAAAAAAGCAUUAUGUGAUUCUGAAUUAAAUAAACUUCAAGAAAUUCCAUUUGAUUUACCAAUUAAUUUAAUUGAAUUACGUAUUAUUCAUCAAUCAAUUAAAAAAAUUAAAAAAAAUUCAUCAUUAUAUUCAUUAAUUCAUUUAGAAUUAUUACAUAUUGAAUCAAGUGAAUUAAAAUAUAUUGAAUCGGAUACAUUUAAACAAUUAAUUUCAUUAAAAUCAAUUAAUUUACGUAAUAAUUCAUUAAAAUUAUGUAAUCAUUAUUACCAUAGUGAUGAAUGUUUCCAUAGUGAUAUAUUUCAUAAUUUACCUAAUUUAAUUUCAUUAAAUUUAGCUGAAAAUUUUAUUGAUUUUAUACCAGAUUCAUUUUUCAAUAGUUUACAACAUUAUAAUUUAAAAUUAAAAUAUUUAUGGUUAAAUUCAAUGAAAUCAAUAAAUGGUAUAAAAUUUGAAUCGAAUUAUUUUAUGAAACCAUUAAUACAAUUACGUUUAUUAGAUUUAAGUUAUACAGGUUUAUAUGAAUUAGAUUCAUUGAAUCAAAUAGCAUUGAAUAAAAUGAUUUAUUUAAAUGAAUUUUAUUUAGGCGGUAAUCCAUGGUUAUGUGAUUGUAAAUUAAAUUGGUUAAAAUUAUGGUUUUUAAAUAGAUCAUCAACAUUUUCGUCAGCAAUGUUAAGCUCUUCAUCAGCAACAUCAUCAUCGACAUCAUCAAAUAAGAUUCAAUAUCAACAAAAUAAAACGAAUUCCAAUGGUCAUAUUGAAUUGAUUGAACCAAUUUGUUAUAAACCAGAUCAAUUAAAAGGCAAAUUGAUAUUAACCAAUAAUCAAUUGAAUUCAUUACAAUUUCAUGAUUUAUAUUGUAUUCCACAAAUUUUUACAUUAAAUCAAAAUCUUACCUUUUAUUAUCAUCAACAAAUGUUAUUAACAUGUGAAUAUUAUACUACUAAUAUAAAUGAUUUAUUAUGGUAUAAAAAUAAUCAACAAUUAUUUAAACAAAAUACAACGCACUAUUCUAUUAGUUAUGGUCAAUUAGGCGCGAAUUUUUAUUCAAAUUUAUUAAUCCCCAUGACAACGGAACAAGAUACUGGAUUAUGGAGUUGUAUAUUAAAUAAUCAAUAUCGUACAUUAUUUCAUGUUACUAUAAUAAAUUCUAAUGGUGAAAUACUUUACCCUAACAACAAUGACAAUGACAAUGAGAAUAAGGAUUCAUUUCUAUAUAAAGUAUUUACAUUAUUUGGUAAUAAUAAUAAUCAAAUCAAUCAUUGGAUAUAUGGUAGUAUUAUAAUCAUCAUAUUAUUUGUUAUUUUAAUAUUGAUUAGUAUAGGAAUAUUUUGUUGUUAUCAUUCACAAUCAUCAAGAUUAACUAAUAGAUCUAUAGAUGAAAUCAAUAUGAAGAAUUGUAUAUCGAUGAAUAAAUCAAGAUCUAUAUGUAGACGUCGAUUGAAAUGUAUCAAUGGCAGUCACCAUCAUCAUCAUCAUCAUCAUCAUCAUAGUAACAAUAAAAAGAUCAAAGAUGAUUCAAUAAGUAGUCUAUUAGUAACAACAAAUGAUGAACAAAAAAUCAUUGAUAAAAAUGAAUUACAAUUAACAAACCAUAUGAAAGAGGAUACAAUUGUAACUUCUACCAAAAUCAUAACAACGACUACUAUACCCAAUUCAAAUAUCCAUGUUAAUCAUGUAGAGAAUAAUGAUAUAUUAUCAAGUAGAAAUAUAGAUGAGAAUCGUUUAUUAAAUAUAUUUUGUUGUCCUACAAAUUCAACACGUGAUGUUCAAUUAGUAACUAUACCUACAACUAGUUCUUCAUCAACUAAUGUUACAUGUUUAGAUGGAUCAUUUCUACAAGGAACAGUUGUUACUGAUGAAAAUCAUGUACUAGUAUCUUGUGAUAGUCCAGAACCAAAAUUAUUCAUUGCUACAAAUGGAAUUACACCUUCUUCUAAUAUUUCUACAUUAGAUUUUUCUAAUUGCUUACAACAACAACAACCAUUGAAUGUUAUACCUCAACCAAGUUGUACUGGAUGGGAUACUAGUGGUGGUUAUUCAUCCCCACAAUUCCCUGGAAUUUAUACAUCUAGUCAAAUAACUAUUGAAACAUCAAAACCGUGUCCAGUACAUGGAAUUAUGAAUUUGAAACCGAUGGAAAUUAAUUGUGAUAUAACUACCAAUACUACUAUUGAUAGUAAUCAUGCAAAUGUUAAACAAUUGCCAAAUUAUAAAAAAAUCGAUUCAAUAUAUUGGGAUCAUUCUAAUAGUUCAGCGAUUUUAACUAAUCCUCACUUAUCCUAUAACUUAUCAAAUUGUGUAUUUUUAGAUUCUCAAAAUUAUGGUACUAUUACCAAUGGUAGUAAUAGAAAUAGUGAUCCUCAAAAGAAUGAAAUAGAAGUUAUGCAAAAUUAUUCAAAAACUUUAUCCUCAUAUCAUAAUAUCAAGGAUUAUAGUUUAUUACAAAAAGCUAAUUUAAACGAAUCUAAUAUACAAUGGCCUACUGAUUCACGAUCUCAAGGAACCUGUCCAGUGCAUGGAAAUCAGACUUUAACACGAAGAAAUAAUCAAUUAAAACACACUAAUAAGGAAGAUGUUACGUUAGGGAAUCGCAAAAAUUUAAAAAGAAAUCAUCGAAGUAAAUCUAUCAUUCGUGAACAAUCCAGUUAUCUCAUAGAUCAAUGUCACCAUGGAACGGUAGAUAAUCAAGAAGCAUCGAUUUCCUCUUCUAAUGAAACAAAUGAUAAUGAAGAAACCAAUAUUCAGUUAAACAGUGUUCAUAAUGACCAUUACGGUUUAUCAAUAACUUCUAUCAAGCCAAAACAAAUCAUUUACACAUCAAAUGAUGAAACAGAAUCUCAAGGUGAAAGUUCUCUUUCUGAAAAAUCGUUACAUAGUGAUCAUUCAUGUACAUCUUCAGUUUCAUCUUCGACAAAUUCAACUUCCUCAAUAAAUCAACAUUUCAAAUAUAUUUAUCCAUCAAAUCAAACAGGACUUAAUUCAAUCUGUUCAUCCUUAUCAAAUCAAAUCAAUUUAGCAGCGGCGGCUGCUGCUGCUGCUGCUUCAACUAAUACUACUACUGAUCUAGUACAACAACAAUCUCCACCUUCAUUAGAGUUUUGUCCUUCUCCAGAAUUAUUAAGAAAUCGACCGAAUAGUACAAAUAGUUAUUCACGUCAUCGAAAUCAUUAUGAUAUAUUGAAUAAUUUGAAAUGUCCUGUACAUUCCUUAACAAUAAACCGUAGAUCAUUACCACAUAAACUAUUCUAUGAUGCUUAUAAUCACCGUGAAAAUAUGCGUCAACAUAAUUAUGAUCAUAAUAAUAACAUAGGUACACUUCGAGUUACUACCUUACCAACACGAUUCAGGAAAGUCAGUUAUAAUAUUAAUGAUAAUAAUAAUAAUAAUAAUCGUAGUAGUAGUAGUAGUAGUGGUAGUAGCAGUACUACUAAUCAUAAUAACAAUAGUAGUAUAAUUAAUCAUAUGGCUUCCAUUAGAAAAUUCGCUAGUCAACAUACUAUUCAAUCAAAUUAUUCAUCAUCUUUAUGUUUAUCUACUACACAAAGUUUAGAUAAAUUUAAUAAAUCUUUACAAAAAUCUAUUCUACGUCCCGGUUCUAAACAUAAAUUAGAUACAGAAAGUGAUUCCGAUAAUAAUAAUAAUAAUAAUAAUACAUCAGAAGAAAAUAAUUUCUAA